CCCAACACUAACCUCCUCCCGGCCUGAGAAGCUUCUGGUCUGCAAAGUUUGUCGAGCUCGCUGCGAUUCUUGGUUGACGCUGAACAUCAAACUUUUGACAAAAUCUAUUCGGGUACAAUGCCGCCACAGCCAGGAAUGUUUGCCCUGCCAUAUGCAUCAACACACAAGCCCCCACAGGGUCCUAAUCCUCAUUAUCAUAAUGGUCAUCCAACUGCAGGUCCAUCUCGCGUGCAGGACGAUCCAAAACGAGAGAAAAAGAGGAAGGAUAUAUCAGGCAAAGUAGGAAAAGAGAUGCUAGACCGCAGAGACGAAGGACGACACUUCACUGAAAAUAUAUCUGCACUCCACAGCGCCGCAAUGCAACUCGCAUCCCGUCCAGAAACUCAUCCUCUUUAUAACCUCCGCUUGUAUCCCAUUUCUCUUGAGCGCUCCGCCUUGCUCGCCCAGCAUGCGUUCGAAGAAAAGCAUACCUUGGAAUCAAUACAGAUUGCCUACGAGGAGGAACGUGAAAGAGUUGAGGAAGAAUGGCGCAAGGGCCGUGAUCGUAUACGAGAAAGGCUCCUCGAAGGUAUAGAAGAGCGCAGACGGCGUGCAAGAGAGGAAAAGGAAGGCGAGGGAACCGUAAACGACGCAACGUUAGACGCUCAGUCUCGGUCCCAUAUCACUCGGAAACUGCGAAAUAAAGUUGGCACUUCUCCUCCUCCAACACCCCUCGCACUUCGAGGAGAGAACCACGUCAAUGGUUCGCUUGGAAGCAACACGCCCAUCACAACCGGCCCUUUCACUAACCCCCACUCCCUCUCCGUCGACGAGCUACCUUCUCCUUUCCCCUUUCCCCUCACAGCCGUGACCCUCACUAAUCCGUCUUCCGGUGCCGGUGGUAGCUCCGGCAAUAAUGGCUCCAGGCGUCGUACCAAAGGUGCAGGACUUCACUCAAGCAUGGUCGGCGUCGGUGGCCUAGGCAAGAGCAUAGCAAUGCUAGGCCCCAGCAAAGAAGCAGACAUAGAGGCAGAUUUGAUGGAAAUUCGGAGGGGCAGCAAACGGCGUAGAGCAGCGGCCGUGAGUUCUGGCAAGGUUUCGUAGGCGCAUGUUCUUUUUGAUUUUGAAAUUGUAUCAUAUCUUAUCAUCGGAAGUCGGAAGUCGGAGAUUCCUGUUUA